GACGUGGUGUGAGGGCUCAGUACCUGGAGGAUAUACACGAAAAGAAUGGUUUUUCUCAAGUAUCUAAAAAUUUUCGAAUCUAUCAGAAUGAUAUACCUAGGAAAAUUUUUAAAUACUUGAGUAAAAUCAUUCUCUUCGUGUAAAAAUCCAACGAAGGGGAAGCUAACGUACCCUCGUCCGCCGAUUUAAUUGAAAGUGAACGAACCGCAGCCGGUUCGUCGCGUCGCGCGUUUGCUUCGGGAGUGCCGUUAAAAUUAUCGGACUAAUGGACUUUUAACAAAACCCAUUUGAUGGAAUUCUAUUUCGGCGAUGGAAUCAUAUCUGCGACGUUUCGACAGGAAAGCGGAACUCUCAUUGAGACGUUGCUGAGGUGGUUACGGUCACUGCAACGCUCUCACGCCAAGUGCUCCGGGCACGAGGUGAUGCCGGCCGCGUAAUGUCACGCACUUCGUGGUGCGUGUUCGCGCGGUUUAGCAACUACUGUUGCUGUCGGCUAAUUGAGGACAAGCUCUGUCUGUCGGUCAACAGUUCGGCCCUUAGCGAUAAGAAGCGAUCGAUCGACUCGGAUUCUUCUCUGGGCCUGUAUUCGAUAACUCGAGUUAUGCAGUCGUUAUACAUAACGAUUACAUAACGAGUUAUAGAAUUCCGCCUUGGUGAGUCGUCCAAAAAGGAGUUGUAUAACUCUGGAUCAGGGCGCUCAUUUCUCUGUCAUUAUCUACCAGCCUAAAUCGCGUUUAAUCUGACUUGGUCAGAGCCUAGCUCUAGUAGUUUUUUUAAAAAAAACUAGCUUCGUGCCGAGGGGUUGGAUUCCAUUCCUGAAUUGUCUAGAUUGUUAGACAAUCGGUGAUGGUACCAACUUUACUCUUAUUAGAGGAGCUCGUCACGUCUACCAGUCUCUUGGAAAUCGCUCGAGGUACAGCACCACUUGUGUCCCACUAGAACUAGCAGUUAGGGCGUAUGACUGAGUCAAUUUUAAACAUGAUUUUGCGUAAAACAGAGGUGACGGACUCGAUACGAUCGAUUUCGUCUUCUUUCGUGUGGGGCUUAACUCUUGUUUGGCAUUCAUCGUGUGUUUCGCAAGUACUCGUCGACAUGUGAUAUUGAUUUCACCGAUCGAAAUGGAAAUCCUAUCAUGGAUUUUGUAAACGUGGAGUGCUGCAGUAUCGCGCGAAAGACUUUUAUUUAAAUAAUUAGUCCGCGCGCGAUUAUAGUAUAUUAUUCGCGAGUGUUCCACGCGAGUGUCCUGUGCGAGAGGAUGUCAACCCAAUUCUGAGAGGAGGAGGAGGUCUGGGAGAGGUAUCAAGCACCAGCGGAGCAACUUUAUGAUUUACUACUCAUGGAUGGAGAAUUUUUCGGUGGAAUACAUAAGGAGCAAUAGAGAUCGGUACUUUUGUGAUGGCUAUUUCGAAGAGCCGGAAUGACGCUGUAGCUUGUUCAUAUAGAUGCUUACACGUCGAAUGUCGAGAAUAGGCGAAUUCAAGAUGAGGAUAAGAGGGAAGCGGAGAGAGCAUAUGCGUCACGAACGCCGUUCGCGGCGAAGUCAGUUCAUCCAAGAUGGCGACGCCCAGUGAGUUGUCCCUCGAGGAGAUUCGCAACUAUUUGUUGGAAAACGGAGGCACAGCGCGCAAUCACGACCUGGUGAAGCAUUUCAAGCGGUUUCUGACGGAUCCGGAAACACGAGUCGAGGCGAGGAAUCGUUUCAAGGAGUACGUCAACACCUUGGCUACUAUAAAGAACGAGGAGGGUGAAAAAUACUUAGUUCUCAAGAAGAAAUAUCGGCAACCCUUUUUGGACCUUUCACCCCCUAAGCAAGCGGGAUCUCCCCUCGCCACCUCCAAUUUAACCACUCCGGUUUCUCCUCUACGCGAGCCUCCACCUUACCGGCCUCCACCCCCGGCACCUCUCAGUCCAUCCUCAAGUAAUUCUCACGUGAGCCUCGAAGAAAGCGCGACGCCGAUAUCCACGCGUGAAAAAAAUGACGAAUCGGAGCCUAGUUCGUCAAUGUCGUCACCACCUGUUCCACCGCGUCGCAAAAGUCAAGACAAACUCAAGGUGGAAAACAAGGAAAACGUUGAUAGAAACCGGAACAGCUCCUUGGAAGCCGUCAUAAAGGAAGAUGAAGCAAUAAUUACAACAAAUUCCUCCUCGGCUGAGCAACUCAGCGUUCGUGAACGAAUGCAACGCUUCAAUCGAAUGGCCAGUGAGACCGAUCUUCAUGUCCGGCAUAACGAUGCGACUAUACCUGCUAGAAAACGAACGGAUAAAGGCGCCGACGAGGAUGACAGCGCUUCCGUUGCCUCGCAACUGGAUGGAAAAUCGCGAGAGUGGCUGGUCAGAGCAUCGCAGGGGGACUAUCAAGCACUGGCGAAGCUUGCAGCCGAGGAACCUCGUCUCACCAGGCUCAAGGAUCCGACUUCCGGCUAUACAGCUUUACAUUGGGGAGCUAAACAUGGUAACGAGAACAUCGUUAAAUUAAUAGCGGGUACUUACAAAGACUACAUCAAGAGUGUCAAUGAAACUACGAAUGGGGGAUACACACCUUUGCAUAUCGCUAUGCAAUUUGGCCACGAGAACAUAUUCAAUCUCUUAGUUCAAGUAUACGGCGCGAAUCAGGACAUUCGUGACUACAGCGGUAGGAAGGCCAGACAGUAUCUAGCCUCGCAAGAGGCGGCAGUCAGCCAGGACACGUUCCACAAAAUAAAAGCAAGGAAAAAGCAUGCAGAGAAAGAUCUUGGUUUCCUACGAAUUGGCUCGUUGAACGUUCGCGUGAAACGUACUACGGAAGCCUUCAGCCAAUUCCUGGGUGUGGCAACCAGCAGUACGACUAACAACAACAACGAGAAGAUUCAUAAAUCGUGGGGAUCCGCAGAUAACGUUCAGCUGGAGCAGAAGUUGAUGCCACCGCCGAAGUACGCGCCCAUCAAGAAGCGCAGGAGCAGACGGCCGCAGGAUUUCGGUUCAUCGCAGGAGCGGCAGCAGGUCGCCAGUCAACCAACCACUCCGUUGCUGCAAGGUAAGAUGAGCCGACCGAAUCGGACUGUUCAGCGUCGACCAACGUCUACGACAUCGAUCAACUCCAACUCCAUCGCGUCUGGUGGCGUCCAGCAAAACGGCGAUUCCGACUCCGACACGACGUGCGGUUUCGAUUCCGCGUGGAGAGGGUCGGCCCAAUUGUAACUAGCUUAAUUCGUUAUUCUAGAUAGCGUCGCUCAUGCUUAUUCGACUGCACAAAACAUAGGAAAGCUUAGGACUUAAAAAGCUUUAGGGAUCGACAGUAUCUCUAACAAUUCUUUCAAAAAUGGUGAAAACGAAGAUCUAUAUACACGAUUCUUGCCAACGAUUGCACUUACGUUAAAGACUUUUUAACUUUACACAAAACAAUAUUUAGAAAAUUAUUUUUCUUGAAUUCUUGUUUCGCAGGACCUUAUUGUUUAUGACAC